AUCAUCAGUACUGCUCGAAAGCUAUUGUUGGGCUACUCCGUGUUAGUCCUUUUAUAUUAUGUAUUAUUUCAUUGCAAAGUGAGAUGAAGGAAUUCUCUUGAGGAAUGAAUGUCUCGUCGGAUAAAUCAUCGUAGGAAUAAACUUGUGGAAUUCACCUGCCGAGAACGGGAUGGCCGAUGAAGAACAAACUAAAAAGGAGAAAGACGUGGAGAAAAGGGACUUUGAUGAUGAUGAAGCCUCAUCGUCGCCAGGUCCCGAAGGGAACGAGGAACAGAAAGAGAAGAUACCCUAUCCGUAUGUUGCAAUCGGAUCAAUUUUCGCGUUCUCGAUAACGGAAGCGCUGUCUCAUAAGGCCAUGGACACUGUGAUACACACCUAUCUUGUAACUGAACUGGAGAUGGGGCCGGGAUUUGUGACGAGGUACUUUAACCUGAGAUCACCGUUCCUCAGGAUUCUGGUUUUUGUUUCGGCGUAUAUUUCGGAGUCUUGGACUGGACGAUACCCAAUUCUAGCCCAUACUGCGUUGACCAUUUUCGGAAUUUUUGGAACCGCCGAGAAUUCUUGCAUAACUCCUUUUUCGGUCGAGCAGUUCAAGUUGCCGGAACAGGAGGUCGAGAAAAACAACUUCUUUUAUUGGAGUUACUCUGUUAUGUCUCUCAAUUCGUUCGCUAUGUCCAUUGGGGCCCCGAUGAUGAGGAAUAUGCCUUGUUUCGGGAGAGAAGACUGUUAUGGUAUCGCACUGGGCUUUGCUGGUGUGACUGCAGCCAUUGUUCUUGUCAUUUUUAUCGCUGCGUCGCCGUGGUUCCACAAGGCCCCGCCUGUAGGGAAUGUUACGGGAAGAGCGCUUUCGUGCCUCUUUUUUGGCGUGAAGAAUUGUUUGACGCACCGGAGGAACCCGGAGUAUACCCAUUGGAUGGACUAUGCACAAGACAGCGGACAUUCGGAGGAGAUGGUCGAUGUCAUCAAACAUUUGCUGAAUAUGAUGGUCCUCUUGCUACCCUUGUCGGUUUACGCGGGGGUUUAUGGUUUGCACGCUUCAAGGUGGCUGGAUUUGCAAUACAGGAUGAAUGGAUAUUUACCGCUCUUCGACUAUGCUCUCAAGGCAGACGAGUUGCAGUGGUACAACCCGUUGCUGACGUUUGCCAUGGUUCCCACUGCGAUCAAAAUAAUUUUUCCUUGGAUGCGUAGAAAAAGGAUCCUUCCCAGAUACCUCCACAAGGUCAUUUUUGGGUUCGUGUUGAUGAUUAUAACAUACCUUUUCGUCGACGUCAUCGCUUACUUAGUAGAAACUCGGAAUCCAAUGCCGAGGUUGUCUUCGUCGCAGAGCGCUGUUCAGCUCCUGGGAGGGAUCGAAGGCCAGUCUGUGGAUGUGUACCUCACUGGGCCAGGUGUGCCGGCGCUGAAGAAGACCGUGCCUCCAGGUGGAAUGGCCACCUGGGACACCCUGGAACACGGCAAGACGUACGUUCUCUCCAGUCAGCCGUCUGGCGUCCCCGCGCUCGCCUCUGUGACGGCGGACGGA